AGGGUGGGGGUGAGGAUGAUUUGCUCCCAUUCCCAAACAGCCCUGGAUGAGGGACCUGUCCUGGGAGGGAGCUGUGAUUGGCUGGCAGCAACUCAUUGCUAGGCUGUCACUCUACAUCACAUGGAAAGGUGUCUAUUAACUCCUCAGCCAGAGCAAGUUUGGCAGAAGAAUUUCGGUGCCGUCCUUGAUCAGUGCGUCUUCAGUUUGCUGGAGUCGCCUGAGGGAACUCUGUAUUCCCCACCCCCCCCUUCACCUCACCCCCCCUCCCCCCUCCCCCCUUCCUCCGUUUGUGUCUGUUUUUUUUUGUUUUGGUUUUUUCGCUCCUAGCGUGUGCUAUCUGCCCCGGAGUCGCUCCAAUGUACAGCAUGAUGGAAACCGAUCUGAAGCCGGCUGUUUCCCAGUCCAACACGGGGGCGGUCGGCAGCUCCGCUCCAGGGAACAACAACAAGAAUCCGGGAGCGAACCCAGACCGCGUGAAAAGGCCCAUGAACGCCUUCAUGGUGUGGUCCCGGGGCCAGAGGAGAAAGAUGGCACAAGAAAACCCGAAGAUGCACAACUCGGAGAUCAGCAAGAGACUAGGGGCCGACUGGAAACUUCUGUCGGAUGCUGAGAAGCGGCCGUUCAUUGACGAAGCCAAGAGGCUCCGAGCUUUGCACAUGAAGGAACAUCCGGAUUACAAAUACCGACCGCGGCGGAAAACCAAAACCCUCAUCAAAAAGGACAAAUACUCCCUCCCUGGCGGGCUGCUCUCUCCGGGAGCGGUGCCAGUGAACAACAGCGUGGGAGCGAGUCAGAGAAUGGAGAGUUACUCUCACAUGAACGGCUGGGCCAACGGGACUUACCCGCUCAUGCAGGAUCAGUUAGCUUACUCCCAACAUCCAGGGAUCAACAGCCCCCAGAUCCCGCAGAUGCACCGCUAUGAGAUGGCCAGCCUGCAGUACAGCCCCAUGAUGUCCAGCGCCCAGAACUACAUGAACGCCGCUUCCACCUACAGCAUGUCCCCGGCUUAUGGGCAGCAGAAUACAAUCAGCUCCAUGGUGAAAACAGAGCCAACCACACCACCCCCGCUCACCCCCCACUCCCGGGGAGCUUGCCUGGGAGAUCUCCGGGACAUGAUUAGUAUGUAUCUCCCUCCAGGAGGCGAUGCUGGCGACCCGUCCGCCCAGAGCAGCAGACUGCACAGUGUUCACCAACACUAUCAGAAUUCAGCUAUACCCGGCACAGGGUUGAGACAAUCAACGUUUCUACACGGGCGAGACUCCUUUUAGAUGCCGACUUUUAUAUUAAAGCCUUUUUUGGGACUUCUAAUGCCGUCAGAUUUACAGGCAGCGGAACUGCGAGGGGCAGGGGGGAGGGCGGGGAAGAGUUUGGAAAAUGUUUACCUAAUUCCUUGUAUCUGUAAAUAACUUUUAAUGUGUCAUUCAGCUUGUUUCAAAACCAUGCGGAAAAAUUAUACCUUUUUGUAGGGUUUGUUUUUAACCUGUUUGGCCCUCUCCCUUGUUUUUUUUUAGGUUUUAAGAGUGCGGGUCGCAACGCAGAGUUUUAAUUUAUAGUAUUUUGUGUUACACCUUUUCAGGCUUGUGAACGUUUUAAGCUAUAUCUAGACCCUACUCCCGGUUUCUGGGGUUUGUGUUUUUGAAUGGCAGUAUCUACCAUGUCGAUUGAGUAACUAUAUAUUGAAGAGAUGUUCUAGUUUACUAAUAAGUUUUCUUUAUAAUUAAAAAGAAAUCUCCGGCUCUUGUUCCUGAACUGAGGUUGAAUAAAUUUGUUUUUUUUACAAAACGACACACGCGACCCGGAUUCUUGUAUUGGCACUCCUAAUGUUUUUUUUAAAAACUGAUGAACAAUUUAUGUCUUGAGUGGUCAAGCGGAUCUUUUAUCGAUAUGUAAAGAUUUCUACGGACUCUUAUAUUGUUUUCGCGAUCGCUCCUUUCAGAUUUAGAAUUGGAUUUCUAUUUCUGAUUGGCGGAUUGGGCGCUCCAUUUAAAAACCCCUGACAGUUGAAAGAUGUAGAAAGAAAUUUCCUUAUUCUUUGAGAUUGAGGGUGGAAUUCCGUCAUUCAUUCCACACCUCCCCCACCCCCACCCUUUUCCUGGCGCUGAUAACGAACUG